AGGCGGAGGCGGCGCAUGGGGCGCGGCGCGGCGGGCGGCGCGCGGCGCUCCCGGAGGGGCAGCUCGGCCGCGGGCGGGACGCGCCGGGUCCGGAGCAGGAAUGCGGAGGGAAGCCCGGCCGGGGCCAAGGCGAAGCCCCCCGCGCCCGGCGUCAUCGAUCUGGGGGCGCAGAGCGGGCGCUGGGCCGCCUUCCAGGAGCGGCACCGGCUGAGCUGCGAGGAGGCGGCGCGGCUGCUGCUGGACGCGUAUGAAUACAGGGGUUUGGUGAAGCACACAGGAGGCUGUCACUGUGGAGCUGUCCGCUUCGAGGUCUGGGCUUCAGCAGAUCUGCACGUGUUCAACUGCAAUUGCAGCAUUUGCACAAAGAAACAGAACCGACACUUCAUUGUGCCAGCGUCGCGUUUCAAGCUGCUGAAGGGUGCUGACAAUUUGACAACAUACACCUUCAACACACACAGUGCCCAGCACACGUUCUGCAAGACCUGUGGUGUUCAGAGCUUUUAUACUCCUCGUUCCAACCCUGAUGGUUAUGGAAUUGCUCCCCACUGUCUGGAUGAUGGCACCGUGCAGACCAUUAUCACAGAGGAUAUCAAUGGCAAGGAGUGGGAGAAAGCAGUGAGGGAACAUAAGACCAUCAGAGACAUGUCAAAACCCUGACACACUCUCCUAGCAGCCUUGGGAGCACUGCCAUGGAACUGCAGUCUGGGCUUUCCUGGGUGGUGGUUGGUGAAAUCAAUCUCUAAUUACUGUUACCUGUUCUCUGUUUCUUGAAUAAAUCUUUCUAUGCUGAUUGUCUCA